AUGAGUGGAUCUAGUCUGAAAGUUCAACAUAUAGGAAACACAUUUGGAUUUGCAGCUAGCUCACUUGCUUUUGAAUUAGUUGAUGAACUUCAACAUAUUGAUGUAAAUAAAAUUUAUCAAGAAUUAUCAUGUAAAGAUGGUUCUCUUGCUUCAUUUCCAAAAGGAGAAAACGAUGUAAGUCAAGCAAAAUAUAAUUUAGGAAGAAAUGAGUCAACUUUAAAUUCUGAUAGCAUGUAUCAGGCAGCUUCGUAUACAAUACGUAGUUAUUUAUUAGAUAAAAUGAAUAAAACAAAAAAGAAGUAUCGUGAACAGUCCGUUAAAAGAUGUUAUUAUCUCUCGAUGGAAUUUUUGAUGGGAAGAGCCAUGCAAAAUGCUAUUGUAAAUAUUGAUUGCGAAGAAUCUUUUAGAAAAGCUUUAUUGGAUCUAGGAUAUGAACUAGAAGAUUUGUAUGAACUAGAAUGUGAUGCUGGACUCGGUAAUGGCGGUUUAGGAAGAUUAGCCGCAUGUUUUUUAGAUUCUUUUUCAACGUUGAAUUUGCCUGUAUGGGGAUAUGGUAUUCGAUUUCAAUAUGGUAUAUUUCAACAGAAAAUUGAAAACGGUUGGCAAAAAGAAUAUCCAGAUUAUUGGCUGCAACGCGGGUAUCCGUGGGAAAUAUAUCGUCCCGACGUAUCCUAUCUAGUCCAAUUUGGAGGUAAGGUUGAGCGAUAUUUUGAUUCUAACAAUAUUCAAAAAAGUAGAUGGGUUGAAGGCAAAAUGGUAAAAGCAAUUGCCUACGACAAUCCUAUUCCAGGAUAUAAAACUGAAACUUGUAAUAAUUUGCGUCUAUGGCGAUGUGUUCCGCUAAAUGAAUUUGAUUUCGACGCAUUUGAUAAUGCAGAUUAUUUCGGAGCUAAAAAAGAAAAGGACGAAGCAGAAGCUAUUAGUAGUGUCCUUUAUCCAAAUGAUAAUGACUAUCAAGGAAAACUGUUAAGAUUAAAACAAGAAUAUUUUUUUGUUUCAGCUAGUUUACAAGAUGCUCUUAGACGGUUUAAGAAAAAUUUUGGAACUGAUUGGAAUAAAUUACCGAGUAAAGUCGUAUUUCAGUUAAAUGAUACGCAUCCUGCUAUUGCACCAAUUGAAUUGAUGCGAUUACUGAUUGAUAGUGAAGACUUAUCUUGGGAGCAAACAAAAUCAUUGUUUUCGAAAUGUUUUGCUUAUACUAAUCAUACUGUUUUACCUGAAGCCUUAGAAAACUGGGAUAUCGAUUUAUUUAAAGAAUUGUUACCAAGACAUUUGGAAAUUAUAAAUCAAUUAAACCACGAAAUGUUGGAAGGAAUUAAACUCGUUUUUGGAAAUGAUUGCAAUGAUUUGUUGAAGAAAAUCAGUGUUUUUGAAGAAAAAAACGGAAAGUUUCUCUGUAUGGCUCGUUUAGCUGUUAUUGGAUGUUUUAAAGUAAAUGGAGUAGCGGCGUUGCAUAGUCAACUAGUCAAAGAUUUAAUUUUUCCAGAAUUUGUUUCGUACUAUAAUAAAAUUAAUUUGCAGAACAAAUUCAUUAACAUAACUAAUGGAGUGACUCCACGAAGAUGGAUACACAAUGCUAACCGGAGCUUAAGUGAAUUGUAUACCAAAACUCUAGGUUCAGAAAACUGGCUGACAAAUCUAGACCUUUUGAAAAAGUUGAACAAAUUCAAAACGAACGCAGACUUUAUAAGCAGCUUCAAAAAGAUAAAAUUCGAAAACAAACUUAGGUUUGCUAAAUGGCUGAAAUUCACCUACAAUAUUACUAUUAAUCCAAAUAUGUUGUUAGAUGUUCAAGUUAAAAGAAUCCAUGAAUAUAAACGUCAGCAACUUAAUAUAUUUUAUUUAAUUCACAGAUAUUUAGAAAUCAAGAGUAUGACACCGCAGGAGCGCAUGAAAUUGAUUCCGAGGUGUUCUAUAAUUGGGGGUAAAGCUGCGCCUGGUUACUAUGCAGCCAAAACAAUAAUCAAGUUGAUAACAAGUUUUUCUGAGCUUGUAAACAAUGAUCCAGACGUAAAUAGUUAUGUGCAAGUUUACUUUUUGCCUAACUACAACGUGACUAGUGCUUCUCUGAUUAUCCCUGCUUCUGAUAUAAACCAGCAAAUUUCUACUGCUGGAAUGGAAGCUAGUGGAACUGGUAACAUGAAAUUUGUCAUGAACGGAAGUUUAAUUGUUGGCACUAUGGACGGUGCAACAGUUGAAAUCGUCGAGCAGUGCGGAGAAGACACAGCAUUUAUUUUUGGAGCGUUUGAGCAUGAAGUUGCAAAUAUUCGUCAAAAUCAAACCAAUGGACUUUACAAUAUAGAUUUCCGACUAAAACGUGUUUUUGAUUGGAUUAACGAAGGACACUUAGGACAAAACGACGAAGAAACUAAUAAGAGACUAAAUGAUUUUGUUAAUUCUCAUUAUCGCCGCAAUGGCACCAGGUGUGCUGACUAUUUCUUGUUAAGUAACGACUUUGGAAGUUAUAUUGAUGCUCAAAAUAGAGUAGACGAAACGUAUAAAGACGAAGCUAAGUGGUGGGAAAAGUCCAUCAAUGCAGCAACUUCUAUGGGCUUCUUUUCUACCGAUCGAACAAUCAAAGAUUAUUCCGAAUUAAUUUGGCAAGUUGAACCAUGUUUGUGA